AUGAAAGGGUGAGUGCCACUAUACCUACAUAUGUGUGUGUGUGUAUAUGUAUAUAUAUAUGUGUGUGUAUAUAUAUAAAACAAGGGGGGUUGGCUGCACUCACCUGAACAUGCAUAAAUGGGGGUGCUGCUGGGGGCCAAAUAAUACAAAACACAAGAUCCAGCGCACUCACCUAUCCACUAAACAGCAACUUCAAAGUUGAAAGAUUUUAUUAGUUUGUUUUUUUUUUUUUUAAACGCCUAAUCUAGGCAAAAAUAAUGGGGGUUUAGUUACAUUAUAUGAUAUAUAUAUAUAUGUAUAUAUAUGUGUGUAUGUGUGUAUAUGUAUGUCCAAAUGCUUGCACUCCUGUUGAAGCAAAAUUCAUCCCGGUGCUUAUUGGCAAUGUAAUUAGAACAAAAAUGGUGGACAAUAGCACUCCCAGGACUUCAAAGAUAUGGUGAAAAAAUAACUUUAUUCAGCGACAGCCACAAAAUAUCAACGUUUCAGUUCCUAUGUAGAACUUUCGUGUAUGUAUAUAUGUAUAUAUAUAUAUAUACUUUAUCAAUAUUUUAGUCCUUUCUGUUGAUAUUUUAUUUUAAUUUUUUUCCCUUUGUUUUCACUCCGUUUAGGGAAAGACCAGCUGCAAUUCCUAUUGAAAUAAAAAGCAUUGACGACACUUCGAACUUCGAUGAAUUUCCAGAAUCUGAUAUUCUUAAACCCAUGGGUAAGUUGAAGAGAAGUUUUUAGAGUUGUGAUCUAGCAGUAUUAGAUAUGUAGUCUAUAUUGUGUUCAAAAGGGGGUGAUUUAUCACGUUAUACUGAUAAAUACAAAUUUUGGGGCACUUUAAAAAUAAAUAAAUGAUUUGUAUUGAAUUUUUAAACCAGUGCAUGUAAUAGCAUUAGAACAUGAAAUAUUGUUCAUCAAAGAAUAUAAAAUCAUAGUGGGGUUACAAAUCGGGCAUGGUGUAACUGUUCAUUAAGAAUUUAUCUAGACAUAGUUUUGUACAAUUCAAACAUUGUUCUAGGAAUCUUGGCGGUCUUGUUGUCCCCCAUCGACCUUGGACUUGGCCCUUCAAAGGGUUUAUGGUCGCUGCAUUCAUUAACCGAACAAUCCUCUAAAUUAAAUCCUCUAAAUUAAAUGACACGCACAAUAUAUAGAUAUAGAUAUAUAUCUAUAUAUCUAUCUAUCUAUCCAACACUUUUCCCAAUUUGUUUGAUCUGUAUCCAUCUUUUUUUUCCCUAUCACUUUAAAUUUGUAGGUCUUCUGAAAUGGAAAUAGAUCUUUGGUGUUUUUUUUUUAUUAUCUGAUAGUUAUAUAACCUUAGAUUGCCCUCAUUCUGCAAGAUGAAAGUAGGGUGGAUUUUAAGUUAAGUUCAAAUAAGGCUUAAUAUUUCAAACACUCUUAAGCCUUAUUGAUACUAUUCAACAGAGAUAAACCAACCAAAUAAUCCCUGUGUCAUAAAGUUAUUGAAUAUAGAAGAUUUAUUUUUAACUCAUUUGUUUGCAAUACAUUGCACAUAUUUUUGGUCCUAAAUGAAUUGUUGAGUGUAUGUAGUAAUCUCAUUAGAAAAAUAACUCUUUAAAGUAUUAUCUCUUUUUACUCACACACACACUCCACCACUCCUGGGAGGCAGCAAUGACUAUAGUACACAUGAGCCAAAAUACAUAUAGUAAAAGGUUACCUGCUCUCUUUCCACAUCCCUAUAUAUUUAUAAACAAAUGGAGGUUUUUAGUUACCUCCAAUGGCCAUGAGAGAGUAUGCCCACCUGCCACAUCAGGGCAGACCUCUUAGGUGGGUCCUAACUCUAACCAUUCGCCUUGCUUCCUUGAGCUUCUGGCAAAAAUAUCUCUGACACAGGGGUAUUUUUUCUAUACAUCCCUACAUGCUUAUUAACCCUUAAUAGGGAACACAUGGGAUGGGCAGCAGUAUUGCAACCUAGCUGUGUGAUACAAAAGUGAAUACAAAUACUAAAAAACUAGUCCUGCGCUUAAACUCCCAUUACUCCUGGGCGGCAGCAAUGACUAUAGUACACAUCACUAUAUAUAUAUAUUUUUUUUUUUAAAACAAUACAAUGCUAAAAAUAUGCACACCAGUCAAGCCAUAAGACUUGUUUUUCCCACCGGAAUCACAAAUUUGCAGUGAUGUUACUACCGCAAAGGAUUCUGGGUGGGGAUAUGCAAGUUAGUUUAACAAAGAAUCCCAUUUUUGCCUCGUUUCAUUUUGAACAUGGAUUCCAAUGAGUCUGUGUUUGCUGUAUGCAACAGCUUUGAAACACAACUUAGAAAAAGAUACAAAGCCAGUGAAUUCCAUUUUAAGCAAGGAAUCCAUGCUUAAAAUAGAAUGAGGCAUGAAUGUGAUUCUUUGUUUAACUUAUUUGCAUAUUCCCGCCCAGAAUCCUUUGCGGUAGUAACAUCACUGCAAAUUUGUGAUUCCUGUGGGAAAAGCAAGUCUUAUGGCUUGACUGUUGUGUAGAAUUUUGUUUAACAUUGUAUUAACUAUCCACAGACUUCAGGUGUGCUAUAAAGCUGCCAUAUAGUUAUUGACUCGGCCAUUCCAACCAAUAGAAUUUGAAAGCUUGUGAGCCUUCUUCAGCAGUUCUGCAUGUAUGUGAUGUUCUCACAGAGGAAGCUGUCCAAUGGUAAAAAAAAAAAAAAAAAUUAUAAAAAAUACAUUUUCUCCUGUAGGACAAAGGUUUUGUAAUGUCUUUAUUUUGACAGUCCUGACACAUCUUUGUUUUUUAAAGGGAUGACAUCAAUAUUAAAGGGACACUAUAUUUACCAAAACAGCUUUAGCUUAAUUAAGUAGUUUUUGUGUAUAGAUCAUGCCCCAUGCAGUCUCAUGUUUAUGCAGCCCUAGCCACACAGUUCUUUUAAUGCAAAUUCCAUUUAAUUUUGAAUGUAUCUCCUACUCUAUUAAUAGCUUGCUAGGCCCUGCAGGAGCCUCCUGUAUGUAAUUAAAGUACAAUUACAGAGCAGGAGAAGAGAUUAAAAAAAAAAAUAAUAAUAAUUUAAAAGUAAGUUACAUCUGAUUUAAAAUGAAACCAUCUUGUUUUCAUGCAGGCUGUUUCAGUCACAGCCAGGGGAGGUGUGGCUAGGACUGCAUGAACAGGAAGAAAAGUGAUUUUAUUCCUAAAUGGCAGUGUAUUGAGCAGUAAAACUUCAGAGGCAAGCUAAAGUUGUUUUGGUGAUUAUAGUUUCCCAUUACCUAAAAAUGGAGCUAUGCUAGCAAGAAUUUGUCUAUGCUAGUAAAUAUGGUGUACUUUAACCAAUUAACUAAUUACCAAUUAACUAAUUUAACCAAUUCUGUGUUAUUCAAUUAGACCAUAUUUUGCAGUUUAGUGAACUUGGUAAUUUGAUGGUUAGCAUUAAAAAUGUUAGGUGUGGUUUUUGUUUUUUUCUCCUGUUUUAUAUAGGACAAAAUAGGUGAUAGUAUGUAAUAGAAAAGGUCCUAUUAUAGUGUACUAUAUUGUUUUUCUUCAGCAGAAAAUAUAAGCAUAUCUGAUUAAAAUGUCAAUCUUCAUUAUGGUUUUUAGGUGUUGCAAGCAGCCAUCCUGAUACAGAUUUCAAAAACAAGGAUUGGGUCUUUAUUAACUACACAUAUAAACGUUUUGAAGGACUUACAGCUAGAGGAGCUCUUCCAACUUUUAUUAAACCGAGGAAAUGA